UGGUAUCAAAUUAAUACAGUAAUUUUGCGUAUUCGAUUAGUGUGAAAUUAACAAUAAAAUGCCUUUUUCUUAUAUUCCAGUAUGUUAAUAUGUGACAAAAUGUUACAUUUUCCAAUAGCGAAAAAAGACUGUAAUACAAGACAUGACGUCAUUACAAUGUAUGACAUCAUAAUAGUGUAGCAAUAACGGAACAAUGUAUUUACAAGAAUCUUCAGGUCAUGUGUGCACUGAAUGACACCAUGCAUCCCCAACCUCAGCAUCACUAAAUUGAGAUGAAAUGAGAUAAAAAAAAAAAAAAUGAUAGUUAAAUAGAUGGAAAUUGAUGAACGAUAUCAAAGACCGUGCAUGCGCUUUACAACGCUCAUUAUAUGACAUGGACAAAAACGAUAUACGAAUUCCAGAAACGUACAAUCACAUUGUGAUAUAACGCUCCAAGUAAUAUUUCCUUGUUUACAGAACGCCUUAAAGUGUCCAGUUAAAAGGAGACCCACUCAAAGUUAGCUACACGAAGGGAUAUUCUAUAACUAUUAACGCGACUCUAGCCCGGGGCUUCCCCUAAAACCGGUGCUGCUAUAGGCUGAAGCGGAAGGCAUUGAGCGUGACUGGAGGGCUAGCACGUCGUAUCAGCGCGGACAUAUAUAGUACAUUCGGAAAGUUUGGAGUAAACCGCAGUGGAUCUUAAUGGUCCAAAGGAAGCGGGCACAUUCAAGGUGUGCGCAUCGCAUUGUUUACGUACAUAAUAGUGUCUUAGGAUGGCGGAAAGCGCUACGACCUGCGAUGGUGUUGAUUUGGCAUGGAUGUAUCAGGAGGCUGGAGACGACGAGGACGACCAAGACUGGGCCGAUGGGUCUCCAGUGAAGUAUUUUACACAUGAAUUGUCCCUGCGUGGCCGGCUCCGCAGACUGCUGAUUAAGAACCCCACUACUAGAUUAUGCAGUACAAUAUUUGACUUGGCUGUGAAGACUAUUGUGUGUACUCUGUACGUUACCCGGGUCUGUAUUGAUGACUUGGAGGUCUACGCCUGUCAUGGGUCUGCUUGUAAUGAAAAUUCAACAGAAGUUGCUACUGCAGACCACAUCAACUGGUAUGUUAUACUGUGGGUGUCGAGGCCACUGGCGCUAUGGAUUGUACAGAUAUUCCUGGCAAUCAUCACUCUCAUCAAGGCCCUGCUACAGAUCUAUGUCAUGACGAAGGGGAGGCGCCAUGAGAACAUUCUUCAGCCAGGAUUCCUGCUGGAGCUCUUCUGCUCAGUUCCUGUAAUAGCCACAGUGGCCUACCCAGUCUUGCUGAAGGAUCUGUUCCUGCCCAUCUUCCUCAACGUUUGGCUUGUCAAGAUGGCGCUGGAGAGACUGUUUAAUGACCUUCACCUUUCCAAGCAGCGAUUCCAGACCAUAUCUGUGACAUUAUCACAACAGAUUCUUCUACUCAAUGUCACUCUCUUCUGUCUCAUCUUUACUACUAUCUGUGGCAUCCAGCACAUCCAAAGAUCCAGUGCACUUGUGAAGCUCAACAUGUUUGAGUCUGUGUACUUUGUGAUAGUGACCUUCUCAACUGUCGGGUAUGGUGACAUAUCCCCAGACAUAUGGGUCGGUCGCCUCUUCAUGCUUUUCAUGAUCUGUGUUGCUUUUGCAUUCAUACCAAGACAGCUUGAAGAGAUCGGCUCCACCUACGUGCAGAGGAAACAGUCAGGUGGGGAAUAUGGCCGCCGGAAAGCUGCGCGCAACAAGCACGUGGUCGUGUGUUCCACUUCGCUCACCACGGAGACUGUCAUGAACUUCCUGAAUGAGUUCUACGCCCAUCCUAAACUGGAGGAACACACAGUGGUGCUGAUGAGCUCCGAUGAGCUGGACACCAGCAUGCAGAUGAUCCUCAAGGAUCCUAAGUGGGCCAACAGGGUCCUGUACAUCAGAGGAUCUGCCCUGAAGGACAUUGACCUCAAGAGGUGUCGAAUCAAUGACGCUGAAGCUUGUUUCUUUCUUGCUGCAAAGAACUGCGGAUGUCGAGACAAAGCCGAAAUCAUUCGUUUUGACCAGCAUACAAUUUUACGGUCGUGGGCUGUGAAGGAUUUUGCACCAAAGUGUCGACAAUAUGUGCAGCUUUUCCGUGCAGAAAAUAAGAUGCAUGUGAAAUUUGCAGAACAUGUAGUUUGUGAAGAUGAGUUUAAAUAUGCUUUACUGGCUAACAACUGUCUGUACCCAGGGUUGUCUACCCUUGUUACCUUGCUGUUACACACAUCAAGGGGGAGAGAGGGGGAAUUGGCAACAGAAGCGUGGCAACAGGUGUAUGGCAGACACUCGGGCAACGAGGUGUACCACAUCCAGCUGAAUCGGAGUGCCUUCUUCAAACAGUACGACGGCAAGAAGUUCACAGAGGCCUCCGCGUGUGCUCAUACCAGGUUUGGGGUGUCUCUGGUAGCUGUGUUAGAUGUGACGAAGACGGAGCCGAGUCUGCAGCUCAAUCCUGGCCCUGAUUACAUCCUGAAGGGAUCGGACUAUUGUUUCUACAUGGGGGUCACGCGAGAGGAGAACUCCAAGAUCAAGUCUGGCGCCAUGGAGAAUGUGUCCGUCUCUGCCAACAGGAAUAAGAACAUAGAGUUGAUUUCUAACGAGAUCCAGAAAUGGCUGCAGUCGGAGGGUGAAGGAGAGGAUGUAGAGGAUGAUGAGAGUGUGUUCAGCACGAUAACGUCCCAGCUCGGCAGUUCCAUCUCUCGCCGUCUCAUGCAGACUGGAGAAAGUGAAGGUCAAGGAAAUGAUCAGAAUGGUCACACUCAAGAAAAUGGCCAGUCUCCAAGUUCAACAACUCAAACAGGACCGAUUUCACUGCCGCUGUUGAAGAUCACGGUGGACAACAUCGAGGAAUCAAGUGAACCCAACUCCCCGGACUACGACUGCACCGACACCCUGGACACCGUGAACGAUUCGACACCGUCACCCAUCGGCAAAGUCAUGGGGCUGUUUCCAGAGGCUGCUUUGGAUGGGUACAUGACUGGCUCCCCUCCCAGCACACUGUACGUGGGGACCCGGAGAACCAAGUGCCAUCUUCACCAGGACCCAAGGCCCUACUGCUGUCUGGAGUGGGGGCAGAACUGCGACCACUGUCAGACCAAGACAGCCAAAGAUGACCACUGGAAGGGCCAGAUCAUCAUCCUGGCUGCUGAGUAUGCCAGUACCGGGAUCUACAACUUCAUCGUGCCGCUACGGACCAGCUUCCAUAGUCUCGGUUCUCUCAGCCCCAUAGUUCUGCUGCUGGAACAAGAACCAGAUACAAUGUUCUUGGAGACUAUUGCUGCAUUCCCUCUUGUCUACUGGUUACAAGGAAAAAUCUCCAGCAUUGAUGACCUUCUCCGUGCUGGCAUCAACCACGCGUCUCAUGUCGUCAUCUCCAAUAAAGAGUCGGACAUUGACGCCAGUGAGGAGACUCUUGCUGAUGCAGAAACAGUUGUGACAGUCCAGAAGAUAUCCAGAUUGUUCCCCAACACCAACGUGAUCACGGAGCUGAACGAUGCAUCCAACAUGCGCUUCAUGCAGUUCCAGGCCCACGAUGUGUACUCACAGGAGAUAUCCAAGCUGGAAAAGAAACUGAAGGAGAGGACAAGCUCCAACUUGCCCCAUCUGUUCCGACUCCCGUUCGCUGCAGGCCAGGUGUUUAGUGCAGGGAUGCUGGACCGGCUCCUGUACCAGACAUUUGUGAAAGGGUACCUGAUCAGCUUUGUCCGCCUACUGCUGGGAAUCGACGCUCAACACAAUUCAGGCCAUCUCUCUAGCGUGAGGGUCCGGAGAGCCACCCUAGUUCAGUUCCCGACCUAUGGGGAGCUGUAUGAGGGCCUGUGCUCCACCACAGGGGAGAUCCCCAUCGCCAUCUACCGCUCCGAGAAACGGCCCACGCCUGUCGUGUCCUCACACCCAGAUAUCAGGAGCAUGAAUAACAACAUCAGCAAGCCAAGGCAGCCACGAGGCAAGUACAAACAGUCCAUCGCCAGCAAAAUGUACUUCUCUGACACGGACCAGAACGAGGCUCGGGAUCUCAUCAACAGCAGAAUGAAAAGCCUCAACAUUACUGAUGACCAAAGUCCAGCCAAAGAACAAGAUAGCUUGCUGUCCUAUGUGAUUGUGAACCCAUCUCCCAAAAGGAAACUGAAGAAUGGAGAUAUGAUCUAUGUGAUACAACCAAGCACCAUGAUGGCCGUCCCUAGCAAACUACGAUCAAAGACGCAGAGAAAUGUCUCAGCUAAACAUCUGAACUUCACAGUCAACUCUGUGCCCACACCAACUCUAACCCGAACAUCCCAGACUCGAGUCAGCUGGAAUCUAUCGGCCCACACCGAAAACCCGAAGCCUAAUGGAUCACGACCCAGUGAUUAUCGAUUCCGAUCAAAAUCUGAAUCUCAAGUGCCUAAAAUGGAGUGAUACUGUGCCUUUUCCUCUUCCUUGCUAAACAGACUGAACUGUCACCUGUCUGGGUUGACAUCUACAUGAACUAUUUGAUCCUCUUGUCGGAACAUCUGGAUCAAGGUGCUGAUGUUGCUGAGGGUGAUACCUCCGUACCUUACGUUGAACAAUUGAUGAUCUCUAAGAUUCUGUACAAGGAUUGGACAUACUUUUUAACCAGUUGUGAACAUACCAAACUGAUGAAUGAACCUGCUGAUCUGAAUAUGAUAUCUGAACUUUCAUAGUAUGACCUUUGACCACGAGUACAUAAUUAUAUUCUUCACAUUUUGUUAAUUUGAAAUAUUAAACUUAUUUUUUAAAAUGCAAUAUAUAAUUAACUAUAUUUUUUUCCUAGUUAUAUCAUGGGUUAAAGUUCCUAAAUGCAAAAAGAAAUGUUAUCAGGACAUCCAUUUUGCAUUUGCCACCUCUUCCAGAAGCAGAGAGAACAUUUUGUUAGGAUUGUGAGCAAAAUGGUUUCUUCUAUUUUUUAACCAUGAAAUUAAGUGAAAUUUGAUCAAAGAUGAAGACAAUUUAACUUGUGAAACUGAUACUCACAAUAGAAGUUCACACCAUCAGUUCAAACCCACGAGAUAGCUGGGUGUUCAGAGUGCAAUUCUAAUUACCCCCUUAUUAUCUAGAAUGGAAAUAUUCCUUGAAUCAAAUCACCUACUUGUCAAUAAUGCAGCAGCUGACCUCUUCUUAAACAAUUGAGUUUAAUCAUGUCAAUACAAUCACAUUAAUGAACAUCACUUGUGUGUCAUUUCCUGAGUGGACCAACGUGCAAUGAGAUAUGUAUAGGUAGGUGUUCUCGUCCUGUUUACACUGAAUUUAGAGGGGGAAAGCUCUUAUUGUGGAACAGCUGACGUUCGCAUACAUAUAUUACCUGCAUCUGAUUUGAAUAGAGCCGUCUCCUUUAUAUUAUAGUAAAAUAACAAUGUCUCAAAUUGCCUGAAACUAAAUAAGACCAUAAACAGUUGAAAUGUUCAAAAAAAGUUAUUUCAGUGGUAUUUCCACAUAGUCGUCCUGCUCCAACUUGGUGUUCAAGGAUUUGGUUGAAUUUGUCAAAUGCCUUAUUUUCAUGAUUUUCUCCAGAUGGAAAAGGGUUCCUGUAUAAUCCAAAAUGCUCUGUGUUCUAUCCCUCAUGAGUGUAGCCGACUUUGUGUACAUUUGAAAAAUCAUACGUGAUUUGUAUUAUUUGAAUACUCAAACUAAUGUUGCUUGCUAUCUUCAUCAAAGCUUAGGGUGUCAUUUUAAAAUUUCGCUUUCCUCUCGUUUCCCGAGGAACAGCAGGAUAGAUGGACUACUGUUUGCCUGGGUGUAGUUUCCCCCUAAUGUCAGAUAACCACAAUGUUAAUAUGCAGAGAUUAUUGCAAAGGUUUACCUUAUGCUUUUUGUACUGAGUAUUUCUCCAAAAUAUUUACCAGGGUGCCAUUGUACAAAGCAAUCUUAGCACUAAGGUGAUCGUAACUCACAUACCUUAACAUAGACUUACGACUGUCGUAGCGCUUAGGUUGUUUUCAACGGCACCCAGGUCAGUAACCAUGGUUCCUCCCUAUAGUUUCAUCAAUCAUUCCCCCAAACAAUGAACAGAUCAGUAACCAUAGCUCUUCCCAAUAAUUGCAUAAAUCAUUACCUAUAUUAAUAAACAGAUUUGUAGUCAGGGUUCUUCUCAAUGGUUGCAUCAAUCAUUCUUCCAAAGCAAGAAACAAAAUAGUUGUGGUUUCUGUGUAUGGUUCUGUCAAUCAUUUCUCAGAAAUGAAGCCACGUUUUUACCCAAUAUGUACAUUGAUCGUUUCGCCAAAAGGGUAACCAUGUCCUUCCGAUUAUCAAUCAUUCCUCCAAAAUAGAAUUAACAGAAUUGUAGCCAGGGUUCUUCCUUGUGAUUACAUCAAUAUUUCCACCAAAUGAUUAACCGACCCAUAGCAAGAAGUCUCACCAGCUUCCUUCAGAAUUAUGUACAGAAUGGUUGCCAGAGAUCUCCCUGUAGUUUGUAUCAAUCAUUCCUUCACAACAAUAAACAGAAUCGUAUCCAUGGUUCCUCUGUAUGGCUGCAUCAAUCAUUCCUCAAAAUAGAUACACUGAAUAGUUUCUAGCCUUCUUCCAAAUAGUUUCUUCAUUCAAUCAUUCUUCUGAAGCUGGUGAACAGUAGCCAUAGGUCUUCCAAACUAUGUCAAUCAUUCUUCUGAAGCAGGUGAACAGUAGCCAUAGGUCUUCCAAACUAUGUCAAUCAUUCUUCCAAACCUAACCACAAUGACAGCUAUGGUUAUUCCUAGUUAUGAAAUCAUCCAGGAACCAAUGUCAUUCUUACCAGGAGAUGGUUAAACACAAACAUUGGAGAAGAUGUAGAGAAACCCAAUAACAUUAAUUUGAAAUCAAAUUACACAUGCCUGUUGUCAUUUCCUGACAAAUAGCAUCUCAGUUUGUUGAUCAUGUGGAUAUAGAUCUGACUGUUUAUGAAGAAAAUACUCUCAAGUCACAAUUCUCAAUUAGAAAAUGGUUUGCUUUGUCAGCAAAUGAUAAUGAUUUCAUGGUGCUAGUUUCAAACACGUAAAUUACCAUAUCACAACAUAUGAAGAAUAUGUAACCAUAGCAACAAUUUCUUUGACUUUAUCAGUACUAUUUCAUUAUAAUAUUUUGAUGUUUAUAUUUUAUUUUCUUACAACCUAGAAUGAAUUGCUUUUAUUAUGUUCCAGUAUCCACUUGCUAAUAACCGGAAGCAAAUUUACGUCAUUUGAAAUUCAUUGCAAAUGUCACUCAUAGUUUGAACUGAAAUAAUUUGUGAUAAUGCAUGAAUCUCACAUCCAGUAUUUAUUUGAUACUGAAUCUCAAUAUGAUUGUAACUGUUUUGGGGAUCUGUGGUCAAACCAAUAUUUUAUGUACAUUUCUUGUAGUUAUGUAGAAUAUCUAGUGCUGGUUUUUAUAUACUGAACCUUAUUGUACAUGUUUUUUGACAAACCACAAGUGUUUAGUGUGCAUGGUCCACUGUGAAGACAACUGUGUGACCCUGUUUCCAGUGGCUCCUUAGAGAGCUACUUGUUAGGACCAACCUUUCUUAUUUAUUGGUUUACAAAUUUAUUUUUUAAGUCCAUGUAGGUGGGAAAAUCUGAAACAGAUAGUUCAGAUUUUAUUUGUGUUCUUCAAAGAGUUACUUGAAUAUGUUGUCAUGCUGUUUUUCUGGUCUUGCAGAUUAAUCAUGUAUGCAUAAUAGAGUUACAGAGUGCUGAAUAAGAGUAACCUCCCUUUCGUACAUGGAUAAACCAACCAGAUAACAUCAGAUGCUGAAAAAAUGUCUGAUUAUAUCAUUGAUCUUUUUGUAUUUGUAUUUGUUUAUAUUUUUCACAUUUUAUAAAUGUCACCUAUUCAAUUUGAAUUUCAGAUUUCAUUUUUUUUCACUUUUUUGUUGUUGUUGGCUUCUCUGAUCUGUAAACUGAUUUUUUAAGCAAACAAUCUCUGUUAUAUGUCAUGUAAUGACCACUUGGUUGUGACGAAUCAUUUUCUAGUUCAGGAAAGAGGAAAUUAUUGAUUUUGACGAUGGUUUUGCUUGAUAUUUUUCCUGUGGUAACCAUUAAUUCCAAAUAUUUUUGUUCCAAAGAUUGUAUCAGUUAUUGUCUAUAUACUGAAUAAUAUCAUUCCUGUUUGACACGUUUUCUUAAAUUCCAUUCCGUAUUAUGGAUAAACCAUGUUAAAGAUCUGAUACUGAUUGAUAUUGAAAUGCAUUAAAUGUUUAACUUUUCAUCUGCAUAAUACCAGAUGCUAACCUUGCCAUACCGCAUGUUCAAGAUGGUUUUAUUCCAUAACACGUUGAGAACAUCUAACUAAUAUAUUAUGUUACACUAGUGUAAUUGUUUAUACACCUCUUCCAGAUUCUGUCAGUAAUACAUCACCUUUAAUUGAGCUGAGAAAUACCUUAUUUGAGGUAUAAAGCACCCAAGUUAUCAAGGGUGGAUCUGUAGGACUGCUUAGGCCUGAAGAGUUCCGUCAGGGCCUGUAGUUUCUAAAGUCUCUGGCAUCCAUGCAAUUUUUAUUAUUUUGAACACUGGUUGCCUGCCGUGGCUAGCAAUUUUCUAGGUGGGCCAGUAAUUUUUCAAACCCCUUAAACCCCUAUCCCGCCUGUCUAGUAACUUUGGUCUAACUUUCAAGUCAGAACAUGUGAUUCAAUAAGAAGAAUGUGCUAAAAUCUUUCUUAUCAUUUAAUAGUUUAUACCUGUUGGUUCCAACAUUCAUAUAGCUGGAAUAUUGCUGAGUGCGGUGUUAAACCAAAAAACAACCCAAAAUCAAAUGUCCUGUUUGCCAUGCAAUAUGAUUAAAAAUAGAUGAUAAGAUUAUUUUGAUAUGAUUUUCAAAUGUUAUUUUUACAUACACCACUGUGUAUGAUGACUGAUGUCAAUCUGAUGUUCCACCCGAGAGUAUAAGUCGAAUGUAAUGUUGAAAAAUUUAGCUUGACUGUAUCUUUUGCCUUAAUAUACGUUUGUGAAAUAUAUUUUAAGGAUAGUAUGUUGUUGACUGGUUAGUGAAGCCACGGUCAUAUAUGAAAUAUUUUUUGGGGUGGAGUAGGAAUUGUAGGAUCCUUAUCUUCCCACCUUAAGCAUAAGGACUGGAGCUGGAGGUAUAUUUU